AACUUGUACGUAAGCAGAGACGAUUUGACGUAAGGAAGGAAGGAGUAGCCUCUCUCCAAGAUGGCGGCGACCAUAGACAACAGCAAUGCUGCUCAGGCGACAAAGAGAAAGCACCUCGGAAUCCCCGAAGCCGUGUUUGUGGAGGAUGUCGACUCUUUUAUGAAGCAGCCGGGGAAUGAGACGGCAGAUUCAGCUCUGAGGAAGCUGGACGAACAGUACCAGAAAUAUAAAUACAUGGAGCUCAAUCUGUCUCAGAAGAAGCUCAGGUUGAAAAGCCAGAUCCCACAAAUCACACAGACGCUAGAAAUCCUGCGACACAUGCAGAAGAAAAAGGAGACCACAGCGCCCAUGGAGACACACUUCCUGUUGGCUGACAAUGUUUACUGCAAGGCCUCAGUGCCGCCCACCGACAAAGUCUGCCUAUGGUUAGGGGCUAACGUCAUGUUAGAGUACGACAUUGAUGAUGCCCAGGCUCUCCUAGAGAAGAACCUAUCCACGGCAUCUCGUAACCUAGAGACACUCGAGGAUGAUCUGGAUUUCCUGCGCGACCAGUUCACUACCACCGAAGUCAACAUGGCACGAGUCUACAACUGGGACGUGAAGAGAAGGAGCAAAGAAAACCUCCUGAAAUCAGCAGACAAGUCUUAAUAUCGACAGGACAGCGUCCAUGUCCUCCUUCUGCUAACUAUCUUCUCCUUUAGUCAAUAAAAAAAACAAGGCCCCCCAU